CCGGAUCCGGAGCGGCUGAAAGGCGGAAGUGGAGGCCGGAGCCUGGGACACCGCCGGGGGAAAGAAGAGCGGCGCCUGUCCGAGCCCCGAAGUAACUAACUCCGCCGCCCCGGAGCCGCCUUGGAGGGCCCCGCCUCACUAAGUGCCUCUUUGCAUCGCACCAGUCCCCACCCCCAAGCUCACUGGUACCCGGACAGCAACACGGGCCAUGGCGGGUCGGGGAGGCGCAGCACGCCCCAACGGACCAGCCGCUGGGAACAAGAUCUGCCAGUUUAAGCUGGUCCUACUGGGAGAAUCGGCAGUGGGCAAAUCUAGCCUGGUCCUCCGCUUUGUCAAGGGGCAGUUCCACGAGUACCAGGAGAGCACGAUUGGAGCGGCCUUCCUGACACAGACCGUCUGCUUAGACGACACAACAGUCAAAUUUGAGAUCUGGGACACAGCAGGGCAGGAGCGGUAUCACAGCCUGGCCCCCAUGUACUAUCGAGGAGCCCAAGCUGCCAUCGUGGUCUACGACAUCACCAACACAGAUACAUUUGCACGAGCCAAGAACUGGGUGAAGGAGUUACAGAGGCAGGCGAGCCCCAACAUUGUCAUUGCACUGGCAGGAAACAAGGCAGACCUGGCCAGCAAGAGAGCCGUGGAGUUCCAGGAAGCACAAGCCUAUGCAGAUGACAACAGUUUGCUGUUCAUGGAGACCUCAGCAAAGACCGCUAUGAACGUGAAUGAAAUUUUCAUGGCAAUAGCUAAGAAGCUUCCCAAGAACGAGCCCCAGAAUACUGCAGGUGCUCCAGGCCGGAACCGAGGUGUGGACCUCCAGGAGAGUAACCCAGCCAGCCGGAGCCAGUGCUGCAGCAACUGAGCUCUCUUGCCUGUCCACUGCCCCUGCCUCCUCCGCCUGAACAACCCGACUGGAAUCCACUCUAACCAAUCGCACUUAAUGACUCGGGCCGCCACUGGGGGCAGGGGAGGGCUCCAUGAUUUCUCCAUAGAAUUUUGCUCAUAGGCCGGAGUGAGUUAUUCCACCUGCACCUUUCUGUACAAAUACUAAUUCAAUUUUAAGUCUUAAGUCACUUUUUUAAUAUAUAUGAUCUUCUGCUCUUCCCACUUCCUGCCCUUUUACUGCUCUCCCACUUUUCCUCUGCUGGUAGUAGCCACAGGCUCCCAUGUCCCACACCCUUACAAAAGAGGGGGUGGGGGACUAGAGCAGUCACCCCUUUUCCCUGUUGCCGACAUGCAGAUUCAACAACAGCACCUCUAAAUUUCCUGUGUUGGAAGUGGACUGGGUUCUGAACUAAGGUGUGGGGAGGGGGCAGGCCACAGCCCUCCCCCCAUGGUCUGCUCUAGGCCAGCGGUGUUCCUCCACCCCCACCCCACUUGGGAGGGGCCACCGCAUCACCACAGCAUUACUGGGACCGCCAUGAACCCAUGCCCCCCAUCCUUGGUCAUCCUGACCUCUGGCUCUGAGCCCUGUUCUGACCAAAUCACAAUGAUGAGUAUUUGAGUAUUUGGGGUGAGGGGGGUGGGGGGGAGCGGGCGGGGUUGGAACCAACUUUUUCUGUAUUUUGUAUUGUAUGUUUUCUUCAACAUGUAACCAAUCAGUAUCUUGUCAAUAUAGUCAUCGGUUCAAUCGA